GCAAUGUAUUCAUUGAUGUUUAGGGGGCUGGCAUCAUCCACUAACAGAGCAGGUGAAGACAGCUGGUUAAAAUCACUCUUUGUCCGCAAAGUGGACCCAAGGAAAGAUGCUCACUCCAAUCUACUAGCCAAAAAGGAGACCAGCAGUCUGUAUAAAAUACAGUUUCACAAUGUAAAGCCAGAAUACCUAGAUGCCUACAACAAACUUUGUCAAGAGGUGCUGCCAAAGAUUCAUGAAGAAAAACACUACCCGUGUGCACUGGUGGGGACUUGGAACACGUGGUACGGAGAGCAAGAUCAGGCUGUACAUCUCUGGCGGUAUGAGGGAGGCUAUCCAGCUCUUACUGAGGUCAUGAAUAAACUCCGACAGAAUAAAGAAUUCACAGAGUUUCGCAAAGAAAGAGGUAACAUGCUUCUCUCUCGCAAGAACCAGCUUCUGUUGGAGUUUAGUUUUUGGAAUGAACCUGUUCCCAGAGAGGGCCCUAAUAUUUAUGAACUGAGAUCAUAUCAACUUAGACCUGGAACAAUGAUUGAAUGGGGCAACUACUGGGCUCGUGCUAUUCGUUUCCGACAGGACAAUAAUGAAGCAGUUGGAGGAUUUUUCUCACAAAUUGGACAGUUAUAUAUGGUUCACCAUCUUUGGGCUUACAAGGACCUCCAGUCCAGAGAAGACACAAGAAAUUCUGCAUGGCAUAAACAUGGCUGGGAUGAACUAGUAUAUUAUACAGUGCCCCUUAUUCAGGAAAUGGAGUCCAGAAUCAUGAUACCGUUGAAGAUAUCGCCACUGCAGUAAAGUUAUUGAGUUACCUGUGCCUACGUAGAUUAAAGUGACAAGUAUUUGUCUUAAAUUAAUUUGAUGGUAUACAUCAUAUAUCAUGGUCAAAGAAACAUAAAAGUACCAUAUGGAGCUUGUCAAAAAAAACCUCUUUUCUCCAGAAUCUAAAGACUGUAUGCCUUCAGAAAGGUUUAAAAACUCAGACAUACCCAGUUCAUCUAUGAAACUGGCAUCUCGAGUUGAGCCAGGCAUACAUGUACAGGUUGUGUCCUGAUGUUGUAUCGAUGCCAACGCAUCAGUAGCUGCAAAGGGUGAGUUGCACAUCUGCUCUUUAAAGUUGAAAUAAUGCUGUACUUACAUCCUGGGGACAUUGUUACUGUUCAGGGGGCUUUUGUAUAAUGGAAACUGUAUUUGUAAUAAUUACUAAUCAAAAAAUUAAUGGUGGUUGGUUCCCAUAAAAAGGAGAGAUUUAAAACAAAGCUUUGUAUCUGAGAAAUUCAUACCAUUAUAUCAGUUUUAUUGGGAAUUGAACCAGUAAAUAAUUCUAAAUUUACAAAGUAGCUGAGAAUAUUUAAAUUAUAACAUGCAGUAGAAUUACUAAACUACUUUCUCUUAUAAUCAAAGUGCAAGUAUGAGCAGAAAAUGAGUUACAAAUCAGGUGCUAGUUGAUAAAUGUACGGACAAUAAUGGAUUCUAUUUUGAUAUGACUCUGAAGUAGAAACAAACAAAUGAAACAUCUAUCUAGGUGUCUAUCUGGAAUUAACUUUAUGGAAUCAUUUAAUCAAUGCUUUGGGCUGUAUGAUCUACAGUGUCGAAUAAACAUUUGCAAGGAACAGUGGUGUGAAAUUUUACAGUCAAGGGCAUGUUUUACAUGUUUUGUUUUAUGUUUUUCUGAAAAUAAUUCUCAAGGCUAGGAAAAGAGGUUUUAUUUAAUAAGCAAUCAUGACUUCAGAUGUUUCAGUGCAGUAUAUACAUCUGAAACAAUGUGUGAUGACGGUGCAUGUUGAGUCACUAUGAUUAGCGUAAAGCAAUGUAUCAUAUCCAAUUCUGUUUUGAUUUCACUUUUAGAUUAGAGCAUAUCGACUUUUUCAGUACUUAUGAUAUGACCAUUCUGUAAGUGAAAACAGUACUGUCUAUUCUAACUAGUUUAAAAAAUCCCUGUAAUAUAAUGUAUGUACAAAUCACAUAUUGAAUGUCCAGUUUGUACAUUUCAAUGAGUUUUCUGCAAUAACAUAUCAGUCAAUAAAAUCCUUUUAAUUUUCACAUA